UAAUGGGCUACGAUCCCAUCACCACGGAGGCGGAGGCCAAGGCUGUGGGGAUUCAGAAGCUCUCCCUGGAGGAGAUCUGGCCACUAGCCGACUAUAUAACGGUGCACACGCCUCUGAUUCCAGCCACCAGAAAUCUCAUCUCCACGGAGACUCUGGCCAAGUGCAAGAAGGGCGUCAAGGUCGUGAACGUGGCUCGGGGCGGCAUCAUAGAUGAGCAGGCCAUCAUCGACGCCCUUGAGAGUGGCCAAGUGGAUGGGGCCGCCUUCGACGUGUAUCCCGAGGAGCCGCCCAAGUCUGCGGUCACCAAGGCACUCAUCAGUCACCCGAAGGUGGUCGCCACGCCCCAUUUGGGAGCCAGCACAGCGGAGGCGCAAGUGCGUGUUGCCGUCGAGGUGGCAGAGCAGUUCAUCGCCCUCAAUGGCACAUCCCCGAAGUACACGAGCACCGCGGGCGUUAUCAACAAGGAGGCCCUCGCCCAUUAUCAGUAGAGCGCGGACGGCCCCAAGGAGAAAUUCGAAUUAAUGCAUUCUCACAACAUUACAACGUUCUCUUGCCAGUUUUAUGAAGAGGAUUGGCAGCACUCAUUGUAAAUACAAAACAAGAAUAUGAAUAAACAUAGCAGAACUGUUAUUUCACCGCAAA